AUGGAAUGGCACGAGGCGGAUUGCCUCGUGCUAAGAGCGGCUGCAGAAGCCGAGAGAUUGCGGAGGACCAAGCUCUACUCGCACUUGAGGCAGAUACUGAUCCGUAUGGUCUUGGAGGUUUCUGUCCAUCGGAGAGAGCAAAGGGAGAUGGAGGCGGCCCUCAGGGAAUCGAUGGAAGUUUCCGAUGCCUUUGGAGCGGUCCCGGCGAGUCGAGCGGCCAUUGACGCUCUCGAGAAAACAAAGCUCCGCGAGGUUUCGGAUUAUGGCGAUGACGGGUGCGUGAUUUGCAAGGAUGAGAUUUCGCGCGAGGAAGAAGCGGCGCGCAUGCCAUGCAAGCAUAUUUUUCACCACGAGUGUAUCGUCCGGUGGCUGAACGCGAGCAACUUGUGCCCGCUGUGCCGUUUUCCGAUGCCUGGAGAUUGUGAUUGA